AUGUGGACACUGGUGGCCCUCCUGCUCCUGGCUCCGAGCAGUGGACAAGCUGCUGCUCUGGAGAAGCCCACUUUGUCUCUGCACCCGCCCUGGACCACCAUCUUCAAGGGGGAGCGGGCAACCCUGCGGUGUGAUGGGUACCACCCCCUGGUCGUGGAGCUCCGGCCCAUCAGCACCCUCUGGUACUUGGGCCACCUGCUGCUUCCCUCUCAUGGGAAGAGCAUUGAGGUACAGACCCCAGGAGUGUACCGGUGCCAGACGCGGGGAGCGCCGGUCAGUGACCCCGUCCACCUCUCUGUGUCCAAUGACUGGCUGAUUCUGCAAGCGCCCUACGCCGCGGUGUUCGAGGGCGAGCCGCUGGUGCUGCGCUGCCGCGGCUGGUACGACCAGGCGGUGCACAAGCUGCGCUUCUACCAGGACGGCCGCGCCCUGCGCUCCUUCCCCGCCGGCGCCAACUACACGGUGCCGCAGGCGCGCGCGGGCGACAGCGGGCGCUACCAGUGCUCGGGCACCCUGCGCCUCCCGGCCGAGAGCGCGCCCGUGUUCUCCGCCGAGGUGGCCGUCACCGUGCAAGGCUCUAGCCGCCUCUGA